AUGAGUUCUAGCCAGACCAGUGACUCCAUUGAAAUUGAUCAGAAUCAUGAUACUCGUUAUCUCAUUAAUAAUAACGAUAAAGUGAAUGGAGGGAAUACCCAAACGGAUGAAGCUGAAGUCCGUGUUAAAAUACUCAAGCCGUUCACAUUGCCGUUUAUGCGAUAUAAUAACCUUUUACGCUUAAUUCUAUUGAUCGACGGUAUUACUUGUGUUACUUUAUGGCUAGCCGGUGGUGAUUCUACUCAGUUAAGAAAGAGUAUAUUUCAUUUUACGAUCACCACGUCGGUGUUUGAUUUAGCGUGUUUAGCUUUAGCUAGAAUGAUCUUGUUAUUCUUGUUAUGGACAAGAUUUGAAGAUACUGCUGCAAUCAUCAUCGAUCAUCCGCGCGGUACCGGCUUACUACGAAGGAAAACAAUAGUGUUAUUUCUUUCAAUCCUUUUCACUUUAGGAUUUAUGGCCUAUUCUAUGGCAAAAUUAAUCCUUCUUUAUUUACCGGCUUCCAAGGCCGAUCGAGCAGCCAUGAAUUCCAGUUAUGUCGGUUGUGCUAUUGCCUCACUUGUCUUUACCCUCAUCGAAUUAGUAGCUACUUUACCAGCCAAUACUUUAAUCAGUCGCGUUGGACAAUAUCGAAAAUUUAAUCCUUCGAAAGGCACAGCUAAUUUGCGUCGAGUUCUUGGUUUAGCUAAAGAGGAAUUUUGGAUUAUACUUGGUGGUGUUCUAGCCUUGCUAGUAUCGAGCGGUACUUUAAUGAUCGCUCCUUAUUUCUUUGGUCAAGUUAUCAAUAAUGCUAUUACUCGCAACGAAGGUCUAAAUACAACGGUGGUGAUUCUACUUGCAAUUUACGUCGGUGGAUCCAUUGCUAGCUUUUUCCGUUCUUGGUUAUUCACUUUAGCUGGUGAACGAUUAGUGGCAAGAAUUCGGAAAAUGCUAUUUAAUGCCAUUAUCGUGCAAGAAAUCGGAUUUUUCGAUAAGAAUAGAACUGGUGAAUUAACGAAUAGGCUGUCAUCCGAUACUGCCGUCAUACAAAACGCUGUUACUGUCAACAUUUCAAUGUUACUGCGUUAUAUAUUGCAAAUUAUUGGUUCAUUGAUUGUCAUGUUUAUUCUAAGCCCAUCUGUUACUGGUGUACUACUGGCUGUUGUGCCGAUUAUUGCUAUCAUGGCAGUCCUUUAUGGAAGAAAACUAAGAGAUUUGCGAAAGAAAUUUCAAGAUGAAUUAGCAAAUGCCUCAAAUGUGGCUGAGGAAACUAUCGGUAAUAUUAGGACCGUACGGUCAUUUAACGGUGAAAAAAAGACAAUGAACCAUUACGGAGAAAUGAUUGAAAAUAGUUAUAACAUCGGCCGAAAGUUAGCUUUAUAUACUGGCUUAUUUAAUGGAUACAUGGGGAUAUUUGCUCAGGGUGCAAUCGUCUUGGUGCUAUGGUUUGGAGCAAAGCAAGUUUUAGAGGGUCAUUUAACUGCUGGUCUAUUAACCUCUUUUAUGCUAUACGCUUUAAAUGUAGCCAUGGCUUUUGCCUUUAUUACAUCGUUAUAUGGUGACUUUAUGCAGGCCGUUGGUGCAUCGGUAAGAAUGUUUGAACUGAUGGAUCGUGAUCCUGAACUUAAGUUAGAAGGUGGCUUGAAACCACAAAAGUUUCAGGGAGUAUUGGAAUUUAAAGAAGUGUCUUUCAAGUAUCCAGCUAGAUCUGAUACGGAAGUACUCAAGGACAUUAACUUUAAAAUUAAACCUGGUGAGAUGGUUGCACUUGUGGGACCUUCAGGUGGCGGUAAAUCCACCACGGUUAAUCUCAUCGAGCAGUUCUAUCAUCCGAAUACUGGGUCUAUUGCUUUAGGCGAUGAUGAUCUAAGAAAUGUCGAUGCAGUUUGGCUCCGAGAUAAUAUCGGUUUAGUUAGCCAAGAACCAAUUUUAUUUGCUUGUUCGAUUUAUGAUAACAUUCAGUACGGAUGCGAUGCAACUCGAUCCGAGAUCGAAGAAGCUGCGAAGCAGGCAAACGCCCACGACUUUAUCACAUCUUUUAGCGAAGGUUAUGAUACACUUGUUGGUGAACGGGGAGUUCGAUUAUCUGGUGGUCAGAAGCAGAGAGUUGCUAUCGCUAGAGCAUUAAUUAAGAAUCCUUCUUUGUUACUUCUGGAUGAGGCCACAAGCGCGCUUGACGCUGAAAGCGAGUAUCUUGUGCAAGAAGCUAUUGAUCGAGCUAUGAAUGGAAGAACCGUCUUGGUCAUUGCUCACCGCUUGUCUACUGUUCGAAGUGCUUCAAAGGUUUUAGUUAUAGACAAAGGCAGAAUUGUUGAAGAAGGAACCCAUGAUCAAUUAAUAGAACAAGGUGGUGUUUAUAAAAAAUUAGUGCUACGUCAAUUAACUGCCGGGGCAACAACCAAUCCAAGCGAGAACACUGCUUAG